AUGGAAGACAGUCCGGAUGUCUCGUCCUUGCGGGUGGACGAAGACGAAGAACAGCAUCCUGCCGCGACCGAGAAGUUAGCAUGUUAUCGCUGCCGCCAGCGCAAGGUGAAAUGCGACCGGGGGAGCCCGUGUGGUCACUGUGUUAAAGCUGGGACCCAAUGCUCAUACGCAAGCGGCCCCAAGCCGAGAGAAAGGCGACAGAGGGUCAUGGUCUCGAAGACAUAUGAUUCUAAAUUGGAUGAAAUAUCAAGGAAACUCGACGAGCUCAGCCAGAGGGUGCGCCAGUUGAGUCAUGAACCGACCAAAAGCAGAACCGAUAAAUCCUUCGACUUUAUGGACUCUAUCAACAUGCGCCAAGAGGAGCGCUGUUCAUCCUCCUCGUUCGGACCAACACCAUCAACUCCGUCACUCGGCUCUACACCUCACCAAGGCUCCCUGCCAUACAGUCCCACUGGUGCAGGUGUUCGUGAAGUGCACGGCAAAGCGGAGUACGAGGGGGAAUCGUCUCUUUUCGCCCACGCGAUCUUUGCUAGUCGGUUUCUGCAAAAUGCCAUUGACAGCGCGACUAACGCCGAGGUCGCGCACGAGAUGCAAGCCGUGCUGAACGGCCUCAAGACUGCCGUUCAUUCUGGGAACCAAAAAGCUGAUACGCUCAGUACACUUUAUCCUCAUGCUAAGGAGAUCCCAUCCGGCUCAACGACUCGGAAUCUUCCUCUACCGCCGAUUGACAAGGUGUUCAUGUGCUUACGUAUGGCCAGAGAAUACCCGCAAGUGGCCACGCUAUGGUUGGGGGACUAUAUUAAACCCAGCCAGUUCAGCGACUAUUUAAUCAAAGUCGCAUCGCCUGGUUCAGCGAGCGAAGCCGACUUGAUCAUCGUCCAUUGCGGUCUUUACUGGCUGUUCUGUGAAUGCUCCAAAAUCAUCCCGAACGAAGACACAAAACAAGACUACGACGCGCAGGCUUUCAUCUGCGCGGCGAACCUCGAGACGGUCCUUGCAAACCUUCGCUUUCAUCAGCCAACCGAUAUGGACUUCGCAUACGCGAUGGGCAUGGCGUCGCUGUACUGCCUUCAGAAGAACAAGCCAUCUGCCGCGUGGAACUUCAUCAAUUCCGCCUCGCACAUGGUACAGGCCCUGGGCUUGCAACAUAACGUUCCUGCCGACACAGAGGGGCCAGAAGAAACGGCCCAAAAAAGGAACCUAUUUUCCACCAUAUACAUGACCGAAAAGAUGCUGUCCCUCCGCCUCGGCCGAUCAUCGACCUUCCGAGACCAGGACAUCACUCUGAGCCAUUUUGGUAUGGAACAUCCCCAUGGCUCUUUCUUGGCUGAACUGGCCCCCGGUUGGAUCAACAUGGCGAGUAUACAGGGCCGGAUAUACGAUGACGUCUACAGUCCAGGAGCCCUCAGGCAACCGCCACACGUCCGCACGACUCGUGCUCGGGCUCUGGCAGCCGAGUUGAAAACGGCCAUGCAACAUGCGCAAGAUAUCCACGACCAUUACGAGGCGAGCAAAGGGCACGUGUUGGGCCUGGAUUACCACGAAAUCGCAAGACGUUCCGACCGAGUCAUCGGCCUUUCCAUGCUGACGCUUAUCUAUCGGAGUAUCUCCCCCGAGGAGCCAUCCACGUCCGCAUUUUGUCAAGAAUGCAUCGCCGCCGCCAGGGAUACCCUCCAUGAACACGACCAAUGCGUCGCUGUGAUCACCAAAGCGCGAGGGAAGACGGUGUUCCUCGAAGCAUACAUCAACUGGACCAUCACCCAAUCUCCCUUCAUCCCCUUCAUUGUACUGUUUUGUCACAUCAUCGAAACGUCGGAGGCCUCGGACCUCGAGCAAAUGAAAGGUCUCGUCGAGACGCUCGAGUCUACCUCGAAUCCCAGCGCACAUAGCACAUGCAGCAAACAACGUCGCCUCUUCCGGGCGUUGUACGACGUCGCAGCUAAGUACGUUGAGGUCAAAUCCCGCACAAGCGGUGGGCCAGGGGUAAUGCCUUGGCCGAUGGCUCGGCCGCAGUCUGCCGACGCAUUGGCCGGCACGACCUUGGACGGUCGUGGGCUUGAUACAUUGCACCCUGGCGGGAUGGCGGGAGACCUGGGGACCACGAAUACUGCAGAUACCCCUAGCCACAUAGCAUCACAUGAUGAGUUUGACAGGCACAGAAUAGGCCUUGUAGAUGGGCUGGUCGAGCCUACGGUAUUUGGGGAUGUGGACAUGGGGAUGGAUCUCUCGGGAGCUCAGCUUUGGGACUGGUUCAACAAGAACCAGGCUAUAAUGAGACUGCUAGAGGAUACAUAG